AUGGACGUUGGGACUGACUCAAAGGGGCGACCUGAUCCCCACCAUCACUCAUACAGCCCGAAUUUCGACUGCGUAGCCGCCUCCAGCUUCUGCCAGGAGAUGGACGUCGUCUCCUUUCCCGCUAUUCGUUUAUAUGAGAAGGAUGGGCCAACAACACGAUAUCGAGGACCUAGAAAAGCCUCGACCAUAGAGGCUUUUAUGAAACGGGCUCUUCGGCCGUCUGUCCAAGACAUCACCGAGCAGCAGCAGCUCGACGACUUCCUCACCAGCGAUGACUAUGUAUUCCUCGCUCAAUUACAUAGUGAUGAUGAAAGUCUCGAUGCUCGAUUUCGAAAUCUUGCAGAGGAGUAUUCUGAUCGGUACUCGUUCGGCGUAGCCAGCUCUUCUGAUGCCAGCUCCAGUGGCAUUUGGUGCUACAAUAAUGUCGAUGAAUCAGAACACACAGCUACAGACCUGGACGACGCGAAUUCUUUAAAGAAGCUGGUUGAUCUUUGCACCGCAGAAGUCAUCCCGCAGCUUACUCGGCGCAACGAACUGACGCAUCUCUCAUCGGGACGCUCUUUGGUCUUUUACCUUUACAAAACGGAAGCGCAGCGUGAAGCUUACACCAAAAAUCUCAAAGGCACAGCUCAACGAUACGCCGAAUUCCUCACCUUUGUCACCGUAGAUUCCAACGAGUACCCGGACAUGGCACGUAACCUCGGUAUCCGCUCUACUGGUGGCCUGGCCGUGCAAAACGUUCACAACGGCCAAGUCUUCCCUUUCAAGGGGGACAUUACUUCGCCGAGCGAGAUUGACCAGUUCAUCGUGGCCAUUUCUGAGGGCAGAGCUCAACCGUGGGAUGGGACCUUUGAUGAGGGUCAUGACGAGCUUUGA